AUGGCUUCAAAGCAGCCAAGCACAGAAAAGGACGAAAUGGCCUCUGCCAUUUCCAAACUCGCCAUUGACUCCACAACAGCAACAACAACAACAUCCUCCCAGACGAAACCAAAGGCCCAAAAGAAGAAGAAGAAGAACGAGCCCGUCGCAGACUCAUGGGAAGACGAAGACCUCUCCUCCGACGAGGAAGCACCAGAACAACCACAAGACGCCGAACCGACAGCAUCAUCAACCCCCUCCUCACUGCUCACCCCCGCCGUCCCGCCCCCCACGCCAGCCUCCCCUCUCGCCCUGGACUCCUCCUACGAAUGGACAGCAGCAGCAAACCAAGGCCCAAGCCAGAACAGCAGCAGCAGGAGCUCACCCCCGCCGCCCGCCGCAAGCGGAAGUGGAAGCGGGACGACGCCGCCGCCGCCCGCGCGGAGGCCGGAGAAGACGGACGCCGUGGCGAGGCGCAUGAUUGCCGCCGGGCUGGGGCUCAAGGCGCCGCGGCAGACGGAGGAGCAGCGGGCGUAUCAGCGGUCGGUGAGGGAGCAGGAGAAGAAGAGGCGGGAUGCGCAGAGGGCGGAGGAGGAGAGGCUGAGGGAGGCUGCCGAGAGGGCCAAGGCGGCGGUUUGGGAGGAUUGA